CUCCUCGAUAAUGAAAAUUCAAUUGGUACUUCUCAAGCGUGUGAUAAGACCCUUAGAGCUGAUAUUAAACCUAUGUUGGACCCUUCAAUCUUUAAACUAUGCAGUAAUAUAGAAAAUAUAUUAAAUAAUUUUGAUAGAUAUUGUCCAUUAGAUACUGAUAUUAGUAAUAAAUUAUGUUGUGACUAUUUGACCUAUUGGUUAUAUGAGAAAAUAAGAGACAAAAAUUGUAACUUCCAUAAUAUCCAUUGACUCUACAAUAAAUUCCAAAAAACUUUAGAUAAAAGAAAUACUUUUAAAAAAGAAAAGGAUUAGAAUAAUGAAAAAUUUCUGAGAAUAUUUAGUAUGGAAGAAUUAAUAAAUAAGAAAAAAUUAUAUGAAUUUUUAGAUUAUUAUGAGAAUAUAAAAGACAUAUUGACAAAUAAUGUAUCCAGAAAAGUAGAAAAAUACAGAUCUUAUAUAAAGCACAUUUUUCAUUUAUACAAGGAAAAACUAAGUUAUCAUCAUUCAAAAUCAAAAUGAGUUUAUAUGGAUGAAAUAAUUAAUUUUCAAAAUAAAUUUGAAGAAGGGAAGUUAAGUUUCCUGAAACAGAAAUAUAUUGAUAAUUCUCAAAACUCCUUAUUCACAAUAGAACAAGAAAUUUUAUCACAAUUAUAUCAAGAAGAAACAAAAUUAUGCAACAAACAAGUAUAUGGAUCAUAUGAGAGUGGAAACUUAAUAAAUAUAAAUGAAUUAUCUUUUUUCCAUAUAAAAAUAUUUUAUAAUUUUUUAUUAUAAUACUCCACUACUUCUCAUAUGCAAUAAAAAAUAUUUUCUUGAAAGAAAGUAUGUAUGUACUUAUUUAUUUUCAUUAUUCUACCUAUUUUCAGUAUAACAUUUUUCAUGAUUUAUAUAUACAUAAAACUAUUUCUAGUUAUACUUAAGAUAGUGUGCACAACUAAUACACAUAGUAAAUAUGAACAGUUCGAUUCAAAUAGCCUAAGUAACUUUAAACAUAUUUGUAGAUAUUUUAUUACAUAUCUUUUGUUUUUGACUAAUUUUCAAGAUAAAAAGCCUAUGAAAAGUAAGUAUUUUGAAUAUUUGAAUUACUGGUUAAACGAUAGUUUAAGAGGAACUAAUAAUAGUGCUAUAUAUUUUAUUGACCUUCUUGGUUAACUAUUUGAUUCCGAUUAUCCUAAGUUAGGAAGUUACACUAUAUUUAACGAAAAAUUAUAUAACGUAAAAGAUGAUAAAUAUGAACAAAUAAAUAUACUUUACUGUUUGUAUGAUAAUUAUAAUAAAAUUAUAUCUGAAGAAAGUAACUAAGAAGUAUACAUUAAUUACCAUAGGAAAUGUGUUAAUUAUUUUAAGAAAGGCAUGAUCAAUUAUUAUAAAACAAAAAAUUGUAAAUUUUUGCAUGCAUUGAACAAAAUUUGGAUCAAAUUUAAUUCUUACAAAGAAAAGGAAGAAUACUUCAGAAAAAAAACAUUUCCAGAAUAGCCAAAAAUUAAACAUAUAUAGAAAAAUAAAAGGAAAAAA